CUUCUAACCGCAUCACCCCAUCAGACAUCUCUGUUGGUGGGGGAGUCCUUGCUGCCAUGGCUACCCCCCCCGACAAAACCGUUCGGGGAUUCUUCGCUCCUCCUCCUCCACCCCAGCCUGACCGUUCAGCUUAGGCCAGCCCCCCUUUCACUACCGGUACUCCCCAAAACAUCACCUCCGUCUUUUCUUUCUUUUUUAUCUUAUUUUAUUUUAUUUUAGUUUUUGCUUUUUUUACUUCUUUUGUUUUAUUUCUCUAUUUUUUUUUUGCUCUCUCAUCCACUCCAUUUCUCCCCUUGCUCGUCCUUUACACCCACACUCGAGUACAGUAGAAGACCCCCUUCAUCCCCCCCUCCUUCCCUUCUUGUUCUUGCUUCUGACUUCAUUCAUGUCCUUGUCAAUCCUUACUCGCAGCCUCCAUUGUCUUUCACUCUUUUGAUUUCUUGCUUUCCUCUUGUCCAGGGUUCCUGCACAUACCGGUACAUCCCCUUCCUCUUCCUUUAUCCGACACUCCGGAAUCGAGUGCUCUGUUACCUCUCCGACUUCUGCAUUCCCGGUUGGAUGCCCGAUGUUCGAACGUGGCAAUGGAUCGAAAUCUGCGGGAACCAGCGCGCAUGUACCGGUACCGGUAGUCGAUGGCUCACCACCACCACCAACCCGCACAUAUUUCAUGGCUACCCCUCCGCUGGCCCCUCUAGUUGGGGGCUUUGAGGAUUCCAGGGUUCUAAAUACCCCAAGGCAGCAGAAGGGUUUCUUUUCGCUAUUCUCGCGUUUUGGUGGGAAAAGCAAGUCUCUAUCUAAUAUCAUCACAAAGCCUGAAGCAUUCACCAAACCUGUUGAAAGUAGUAGACCCUCCGUCCCAAGUACGCCGGUUACACCCUCAAUGAAGCGUUCUUUAUCUAUUCCGGUAUUUAACACUUGCGCAACAAGCGAUCACUCUCCUUCUUCACCUUCUCGGAAAUCAUGGGAGCCUGUUCCUCUUAGCGAGGCCUUCACCCAAGCUAUCCGAAUGGCUUCCCUCUCGGCCUCCUCUCUCUCAAUGGAAACACUGAUCAGGCGAAACUCUGAGCGUGGCAAGAACCCAAAAGACAGGCGUGGUCGCAUUCUGCACCGAAGCCAUGCUUCUACCAGGUCCGUAGAUUUGGAUUGGACACGCAAGACUUUUGUGCUGAUCGAGGGAUUUCUCCUUCAAUAUGCUGGGGAUGGCCCUCACGAUCGAAGCCCAGAGAAGACGCUACAGCUAACUUCAACCUCCAUCGCAUUUGCGAGCGAUGUAAUUCCUGGUAGGCCUUGGGUAUUGCAGGUUUACCGGAGCGCUGGUCCUGAUGGUAGCUUAUUGCCUGAACGAAAAGGUUCUUUCUUGUCUAAAAUUGCAUUCAAGGGUCCUGCAAAGAAUACUGCAGUGUCUCUCUUGUUAGUUUUUGAUGGAGCGGAGGAAAUGGAUGCUUGGAUGGGGUGUAUAAGGGCCGAAGCUAGCAGGCUUGGGGAAGGAAAUGUGAAUAAGCCGGUGAGCGAAGUCGUCAGCGGUAUACGGGAGGAGGAAGAAGGUGAAGAGCAGGAUGACCCUCGCCACUCUAGGAGAUUUGUUAUAGAUCGCGCGGUGGGCUCGGUUGGGGGCGGGACUGUAUCAGACGAAAAUACCUCGAAACGGGCUUCCACGUAUUAUCGGUCUUCCUUAGAUGCGGGGAGAUCGUUUACGACGACAGUGUCCGGGGAUCACAUUCUCUUGGAACAUCUUCGUGGGUCUAGGCUUUCUUCUCUCAGCUCUACCUGUGGUGCCAGGGUUCCCACUGUUUCCCCAGACACGAGUCCCGAAAGGUCCUCGACACGAAACAAGCGAUCCUCUGUGGCACUGUCGGCUCGAUCACGCUCAUCAAUGGAUCUAAAACCACCUUCCCAGAGGCCACUGUCAGUCAUGGACCGUGAUGGUAAUCUAUACUGGAUCCCACGGACACCUUCACCAUCCGCUCCCAAUUUUUCACUCCCUAUUCCUCUUUCUAAUGGCCACCCCCAGCUGGGAAGCAGACGUUCGACUUUCUCGGCGAUCCCCCCUGGAGCAAUUUCUCCGAUGCCUACCCCACCCAUUUCCACUCGGCCAAGUUUAUCUGCGGUGUCCACGGUCGGCGUCCUUUCUGAAAUAUCAUACCCACGUACGCGACCACGCCAAUCCCAGUCCAACCCCCCAUCUCCAUCUGUAAUUGUAUCACCAAAGGCAAAAUCGACCCCUAUACCCGCGAGGCCACAGCGCCCAGUGUCCAUGUUUGAUUCUCGGUCCCCGCCGCCUUCCGAGGUACAAAAUCUCUCAAAAUCUCCAUCAAUCAAGAAGCACCAUCUGCAAGCUGGAAUUGCGGUACCACCCCGGACCAAGUCCCUCCGCAGAAAAUCCAUGACUGCCAUUGGGCCAUCUGGGACCGGAGCUGCGGGACCACCGCUACACCCACCUCCCUCCAUUCCUCUACCUAGAUUGCCACCUAGUGAGGAUGACUCCAACUCUGUGUACACUUCUUCCAUGCCUUCGCCACAUCAUCGAAAACUUCCGCCACCGCCUGGUCCUAGCCCCCCAAAGACUUGCUCUUUGGGGAACAGGCAUUCAUUUCAUGGUGUUCGCCGAGAGAAAUACGUUUAAUGUCCUAACUUUUAUGUCACGUUUGUUUUUUCUGCAUUUCGUUUGUUCAUUCCAUUUAUUGCAGCAUCCUACCUAUACGGACUUUGGGGCCCUGAUACACGUGAGGAGCUUCUUUUGUCUCGGGCCCGGCUCCUGCCGGACCAAAAUCCUUUACUUAUGAGUCGCUCUUUGAUACAAGUUUUUUUUUUUUUUUCA